AUGACCGCGAUAUCGACCGCCGAGCUGAUCAUCUAUGCUACUCUUAGCAUCCCAACUCUAUACAUCCUGUUCAAACAUGGUCACGCUGGGUUGCUUGGAUGGCUCUAUCUUUUCGCCUUCUGCUCGCUGCGUGUCAUUGGAAGCGCUAUGGAUCUGUCUGGCAAUACAUCAGCAGGCAUUAUCUCAAGCGUUGGCUUAUCUCCUCUUCUCCUUGCUGCAUCUGGCAUUCUCCAUGAAGCGUACUGUUCCAUUCCCUCAAUGAAACUAAAAUGGAUCGUCAUCAUAUUAUUCCACAUCCUUGUCACCACCGGACUUGUAAUUGUAGCUUCUGGUGCGUCGAGCUUGCAGUCUAGUGAUGGCAAACCUACAGACGCUCCCAAAGCUUCCAAAAAUGCUUCUUCUGUGAGAACUGGCAUGUCGCUUUUGACUCUCGCUUGGGCCAUUAUUGCCGUUGUAUCAGUAUGGAUACUGGCUCGUCCUGCCAAAUCUCCAAUGCCAAGAUCUAUUACUGCUGCAGGAACCAGACUUCUCUGGGCUGUCCUUGUAUCAGAUAUCUUCAGUGGCAUUAGAGUCAUCUACUCCCUCAUCGCGCUGGUCACAAAAGACAAGAAUCUGAACCCUCAGACCGGCUCUCUCGCAAUCCGUGUCGUCCUAGGUCUGAUUCCAGAGUUGAUAAGUGUACUGGCUUUUGUAACCGCUGGACUUGUCACACGACAUGUUGCUCGGGAGUCAAAGGCAAAAAAGUCUUCAGCUCUUCAGCUGCCUGUUGAGCCCAUUUGA